GAAGCUCUUUCCAUGGCCACCAGCCCACCAUGCAAUGACUAUGGUUAACCCUCUUUCCAGCCUCUUUCCAGUUGAUCCUCGGGUCUGAAUUCAAGUCGCGAAUCGGUUGAUGAGAUCCGAAUCAGGUCUCUCUGCUGGCAUCACCUCGGCAAGAAGUUCCGCCUCAGAGGUUAACGAGAUAGAUUCUGGUGAAGUCCUAUCGCCGGUCAAUGUUCUUCUUUCGCCGGGGAACACCAUUAAAUCUUCCAACCAAGCUUCGUACCCUUCCUUGUUGCUGACUUGCUGCUUCAAUCUUUGCCUGGUCCAUCCCGUGCACGCCAUUGUUCGACAGACCUUGCGCGGACAGCUUGAUCACUCCCUGACCACCGCAAUGUUCCUCUUACCUUCACAACCUCCUUCAUUCCUUGGAUCUUAAAUGAAUGAAUUUCAUGCUGUACUCUCCAUUCAAUGGCGCCGUUCUCAUUAACGUCUCAUCGCAGAGCGUAAGGGAAAUGAUUCGGUACAUAUACAGAAACCGCUCAGACGUGAACCGGAAGCAAACUGCCGAACCAGACGGGAAUCGGACGGCCGAAUCUGAACUGGAACCGGCCAGUUCAAACUAAACGACGCCGUUUCGCGAGACUUAAAAAAAAAAAAAGAAAAAAAAAAACCUCGCUCAGCUUCGUCCUCCCCAUAGCCCCUUCCUGAUUCAGCAAACAAAGCCUCUCAAAGCAAAAUAAGCAUCUCAAAGGCUCAAACGGCCACCCGUCGUCUUCGUCUAGCAGCUUCGUCGUCGUAGCCGUCGCCUUCGUCGCGCCACCAUCUCAAAGUGUCUGAUUCCUCUCGUGCGGAACAGAUCCACAGUGUGUGAGAAUCUGACACCGGAGAACAACUGCACGCCAAGAAACUUCCAUCCAGAACCUUCGAGAUUUCAUUGUUCAUGGACUCGCUGCCUGCACCCUCUCACCUCUCUCCCUCCGCACUCUCCUUCCUCGACGGCAAGUUCCACACCAAAGAUGCCCUCUCGGAAGCUUCGACACUCGUUGCCGAGCUACAGACUCAGUGCUCCGAGUUGGAUCGGUCUCUGAACGAGUCCACUCGCCGACUAGGAGAGGGUCUCUCAGCUUACACUUCGUUCUCGGGCGACGUCAACAACCGCCUCAGUGCCCUUGCCUCCACUUGCUCUUCCAACGCCGUGCCAGAUGGAGGAAGAGGCGAAGAGGGUGAUGGCAAGGGUUUCAGAGAGGAACUUGCGGCUUUGGCGAAGGAAGUUGCCAGGUUGGAGAAUGUUCGUGUUUAUGCAGAAACAGCGCUGAAACUUAAUACUUUGAUUGGUGAUAUUGAAGAUGCUGUAUCAAAUACCAUGAACAAACACCUGAGGAAGCCUUCUAGUCAGAAUUCAGAAGAACUGCGUCUGGUUGCUAUAAACAUGCUAAAAACAACAGAAGGACUAUUGACCUCAAUUACAAAGACACAGCCUCAGUGGAAGCGUCUUUUAUCAGCAGCUGAUCAUAGAGUAGAUCGAGCUCUAGCUAUCUUAAGACCCCAGGCAAUUGCUGAUCAUCAAGCACUUCUUGCUUCCCUUGGAUGGCCCCCACCUCUUUCUUCUUUGGCUUCUGCAAAUCAAGGACUGAAUCCUCUACUGCGUAUGCAAGCAGAUGUUAGACUCAAGUACUCUGGAAAUUUUCUUGCUUUAUGCAACCUACAAGAGUUGCAAAGGCAAAGAAAAUGUAGACAGCUUGAGGGCCAUGAUAGGGAGGUUGCUCUGCGACAACCACUUUGGGUAAUUGAAGAGCUUGCGAAUCCCUUGUCAUUGGCUUCCCAGCGACAUUUCUCAAAAUGGAUUGAUAAACCAGAAUUUAUAUUUACGCUUGUAUAUAAGAUCACAAGCGAUUAUGUUGAUUCAAUGGAUGAAAUGUUGCAGCCUUUGAUUGAUGAAGCAAAAGUAGUUGGCUAUAGUUGCAGAGAAGAAUGGAUUUCAGCAAUGGUUACUUCCUUUGAUUGA